UUUCAUCACACUGGAUCAGCAGAGAACCAAAGACAGGAUGUAACGACACACAGACACACCUGGGGAGAGAAGUGAUUGUGUUCGGAGGAGUUCUCAGCGAGAUGACUCCUCCUCCUCCACUUCCUGUUCCUGUCCCAAAGCCCCGAGCUCGCUACGCCAGGACCAGUCUGAGCUCCUCUUCAGACAUAGAUGUUAUCGGUGAAAAUCUACAACCAGGUUUCUCUAAUGGAGUUCACCUGAACACAGAUAAAGAAGCUCCUCCUCCUCCUCUCAGUGGGUCGGAUCAUGGCGCCGUCUUCCCGACUCUAUCCGGCGUCACUGACAUCAUCGCCUCCAGCAUCCCAUCAUUGGCUGGAUUUGCCACCUCCAUCGGUGGCUCCGUCCCCUCGGCCCCCUUGGCCCCCUCGGCCCCCUCAGCCCCCCCCUCCAUCGACAGUAGGGCUAACAGCAUCGCUGCCCACAUACCUAGCUUAGCAGGAACUGCUAGCGCUGUGGCUAAUCCAGCAGUCACGUUGGACUAUGCCUCCCCCUCUGCACCUCCUUCUAACACAGCUGCUGUUAGCUUAGACAGCAUCAUUAGCUCGUUAGCUAACAUACCCAGUUUAGCAGGGAUUGUUAGCAGUGUGGCUAACCCUGCUGUUAGCUCCGUGACGACCCCUGCCACCUCGUCAGACCCGCUGUCCAAACCGCAGAGUAUCGGAGCAGCUCACACAGAUGUUGGAGCGUUGUCCCAGGUGGUGAUGUCAACUUUAGACCAAAACGCUGACGUUACAUUACCUCCACUAGAGGGAGCUGCUGAGCCAAUGGAGGAAGUUUACAAACGGUCUCCUCACGCCGUCCGAGAAGAACGGCCGUAUUCCACCGUGUUGGCUUGUUGGACGAGCACAGAGGAAGCUGAAUCUGACUCGUCCAACGAGGAGGAAGAUACAGGAGCUAGCCAAUCCCUCCCCGGAGCCACAGAACCAACGGGAGAAGAUCCUGCUUCUAAUCAGAACUCAACCACUAACAACCUCCCGUCCAAUCCUUCAGGUCGGCUGGUGCCCAAACGGCCGGCCCCGCCCCCUCCUCAUCUUGUUGGCCAAUCAGGAAAGCCUCUGAAACAGAAGACACCCAGAGCGGCUACUAUCAGAGUGUCCAGGAAGAAGGGGGUCAGCGGGAGUUCAACUCCACAGAGCGCCGUGGUCCGAGCCAGCUGGCUGGACGUCUGGAAGGGCUUCAGACACAAUGUUUUAUGGGCGACGUUGGAUGGACAGCUGAUGUCUCUGUGGAAGAAACGCACCGACCAGUUCAGUGAGGUGCUCUUUCAUGUCUCCAGUAUCACCAAGGUGAAGAAACAAGACAAAUGCAGAUUCUCUGUUUACUUCAAGAAGAAACAUUAUGACUUCGUGGCUCAUAACGAUGAGGUUCAUGAAGGUUGGGUCACGUCUCUGCUGGCUUGUCGAGGUAAGCCAAGCCCCGCCCCUCCAGUAUUCCACGGACCAAUCACCAUCAAGGAGCCACGGAGCCGUGCCUACGCCGCCCUCUGGGAUCACGACCUCUGGAUUUACCCCAACAAGGAGAGCUUCCAGCUGGGCAUCGCCUCCUUCUCCGUCCCCCUGAACGUAGCCUCGGUCAAACCAGCGGGGAAACACUCGUUUAGCCUCAUCACUCCAUACAAGAGCUUCAAUCUGUCUGUUGAUUCGUCGAAGGAUCAGUCCCUCUGGGUGGAUACUCUAUCUGCGUCUAUCUGCGGCGCUCUGUCCAGCAGCCAGGUGGCGCUGCGUCUCUGGGAAAAUCCUGACAACAAAGUGUGUGGAGACUGCGGCUCGGCCAAUCCUGAGUGGGCGUCGGUCAACCUGCUGCUGGUCAUCUGUCAGGCCUGUGCAGGUCAGCAUCGAGCUCUGGGCAGCAGCCUGUCCAAGGUACGCAGUCUGAAGAUGGACAACAAGAUCUGGACUGAACCACUGCUACAGCUGUUUCUUCGCUACGGUAACCGUCUGGCCAAUCAGGUGUGGGCUCCGGCAGUGCCGGCUGCGGAGCAGCUGCGCCCCGAGUCGUCGGAUGAGGAGAGGUCAAAGUUCAUCCAGGAUAAAUACAGCAGGGGGCGCUACAGACGGGUCCACCCUCUGACCUCGUCACAAGAUCUGGAUCAGAGGCUGCGUCAGGUGGUGUGUGGAGAGGACAUAGAGGAGACGAUGUCUCUGAUCUGCUCAGGAGCAAAGGUGUGUCAGACAGACCUCCAGAGCCCCUCCCCCAUCCUGCUGGCUGAGAGGGCCGGACAGGCCCUGCAGACGGAGCUGCUGCGCCUCAACGAGUACACAGACGUCCCGCCUCACCUGCCCCAGUCAGCCAAUAGGAGACGUGAUUCCACUCGCUCAGGUGAGGAAGACGAGGAGCUUCAUGGUAAACUGGAGGAAGAUCGUUUUCUCUUCUCGUUAGAAAACACAUCGGCAGCGUGUGACGUGCUGGACCUGCGGGAGGUUCUCUCCGUGUUUCUGAAGGACGGACAUCAGUUUGAGAUGGUGACGCUGAGCGAUCGUCUGGUCUGUGCUGCUGACAGCCAGGAGGAGCUGCUGACUCACCUGCAUCACAUCCUCAAGGUGAUCCUCCCAGGGGGCGUGUCCUACGCCGAGGUGGGCGGGGCCUCUGCCGUCAGUAAGGUGUGUGUGGUUGAGGUGGGCGGGGCCUCGAGUCACUCUGACGCCUGGUUGUUGCUGUGGGAGGACGGAGUCAGUGUUUAUCCCGUCAACAGAGACACACAGCAGGCGCUGAGGAUGGAUCUGAGCACGCUCACUCACCACGAAAUGGGUCCAUCUGAAAACAUCAUCACCAUGGCAACGGCAGACAGGAGGAUGGCGUUGAGGUUCGAGGAGCAGCACAGCUGCCAAUCGUGGUUCAGCCACCUGCAGACGGCUCUGACCAAUCAGAGAGCAGCUCCCCAGCGCCAGAGCCCAGCUCGCCGGUCUCUGUACCCGGUGAUGUCACAGGGUUCGGUCCCGCCGGCCGUGGAGCGCUGCAUCUCCCACAUCACCGCCCACGGUCUGAAGGUGGACGGCGUGUACCGACGCUGCGGCCUGGCUCCCAAAGUCACCCGAUUGGUGGAAGCCCUGAUGACAUCACCUAGCUCCGCCCCUCUGGAGAGUGACGAGCAGGGUGUUCUGGAUGCUGGCUCCGCCCUCAAACAAUAUGUCCGCCAGCGGGAGAGUCUGAUUCCCGACGCCGUGCGCCAGCACUGGCUCAACGCUGCAGUGAUUUCAGAUGAACGCUCCAGGUUUUCAGCCUACCGACGGUUGCUGAGGCAACUCCCUGACGACAACCGAGCAACACUGAACGCACUGUUUGGACACUUCUACAUGGUCCAGGUCUUCUCUCAGGUGAACAGGAUGUCAGCUCAGAACCUGGCUCUGGUUCUGGUCCCGACUCUGUUCCAGACUCUGAACCAGGAUCUGCUCCGACUCACCAGAGAGCUCAUCAUCCACCACACGCUGCUCUUCCUGACGGCUGAGAGAGGCGAGGAAGAGGAGGUCACCUUCCUCUGAAGAUCACCUCUUGAUUCUUCCACCUUCCCUCUGGAACAUUUAACCCCGGCUCUGUCUCCUGUCCACCGUGAGACAACUUUUAGUUUCUCUGGGUCAACAUUUUAAUCAAAACUUUUUCUUUCAACAUGUUAUUCUUUUUUGACACUUGUAGAUUUCCCCACUGUUUUGUCACCUUUCACAAUUAUAUUUUUUUUUACAUUUUCCCCGACAAUUUUGCACCCUUAUUCCCCCAAGUUGUUUCACUUUUCAUGAUGAUUUUCUUGAUUAUUUUAAUUAUUUUUUUCCAAGUUUAUUGUCACUUUUACAGAUGUUUUUGUCACUUUUUCGACAUGUUUUUCCUACAUUUUUCACGUUUACAUGAAGAGCGUCGUAGGGAACCAUCCACGUUAUUUUUUUGCACAAUUUGGUUGAAAGAAACCCAAAUUUCUGAUAUAGAAACUUUUUGAAAACCGGAGAGUUAAGUCAUGAAAUCAUCAGUUAACUUUCUGCUGUUUAGGUCAAAGUGAUCUUUUCCUUCAGGAAGAAUAAAAGUUGUAUUUUGAUAUUCUGUCACAUGAUGUCGUUUACAUCUUUAGAUAAAUCAUCUUUAUGAAAAUGUUAAAUUAGAGUUUAUAUUUCCUCACAGAAAGUUUAAAUGUUGUUAAUCCUGUCGUUUAGUAUCUCGAGGUUUAUUAUCUUUUGUCCCAAACUCAUUAAAUCAAAAACUAAA